CGCGGGAAGAGGGUCUGCGGGUACAAGCGUGCUCUGCGAUGGGCGCGAGGGGGCGACGAGGAAAUCGAGAGCGAGAGCGAGCGAGCGAGCGAAGGAAGCGAUCGGAGCCGGCGCCAUCGCCAGCACAAUGCAUCACACCAUCGACUGGCUCUUGUGGCGCACGCUGCAUCUGCUCUUCGCGCUCUGCUGCUUGGCGUGGAGCGCGGUCUCGGGCGUGGGCCAGUUGGUGCGCGGCGAUUUCUCCUCCUCCGCUGCUGCUGAUGCUGCUGCUGAUUGCGCCGACGGAUUCGAAGCUCGGGCUGUGGCGGUGGCGGUGGUGUUCGAGACGCUCGACGGCGUCGUGGACUGGGAAGGCAAAGUGGCGCAGCUCGUUGCUUGGUUGAGCUCCAUCAACAUCAACAUCGCGCACGUGACUCUGUUCGACCCGGCCGGUGUUUUGAAGCGGUCGCGGUGUCGGCUUGAGAAAUCGCUGCGAGUCUUGGGCGGCGACGAGCAGCAGCAGGUUUAUGGGUACUCGGACGAGCAGACGCAUGUCUAUGGGCCGCGGGACUCGCGCGAGGAUUGCUCUCAGCUGUCGUCGAGUCCCGUCGUCAUCGACGCUCAUCUUCGCCGGGAAUCGUCCGAUUUGCGGAAGCGGAAAGAUGUAAACCUAAACGGCGAGUCUGUCAGCGACGGGCGAUUGUCAAAUCGCGGGGUCAAAGCGAACGAUGUUAAAGUGGAGCUUUUGUCGUUACAGGAUGGGAAACAAUCUCUGGUGAGAGCUGCCAGAAAUGUGUGCGAGAAUGCUUAUAAGCUCCACUACGCCAAUCGCCAUCAGUCAAAGUUGCCGAAUUUGACCGAGCAGGAUGUGAACGACAGUCUUCAAGUAAGUGGAUGCGAAGGACCAGACCCUGAUCUUCUCCUUUUAUUUGGGAAGACUCGAAGUCUGCACGGAUUUCCUCCCUGGAGGCUGCGGCUCACGGAGAUAGUGCACAUGGGAACUCUCGAUGAAAUGACUGCAAGCUCGCUCAUGGCAGCUUGGAAAGAAUUCGCCACCAAAACCCAUCGAUAUGGUAGAUGAAGUUGAUCGAACAUCGCCUUGAGAGCUUUGGUAAUUUUUGAACGCCCAUCACGUUCGGAGGCCCAACUUUUUGUUCUCGCGCUCGCUCGACUCAGUACCUUGCCAAACUCACAAGCUCUCGUUCUUACUUUUAUUAUAUAGCAUUUAUAUACUUCUACCCACAGAAAGAAGCCGGAGCUGUGAGGGAACCUGCGCAGGAACCAGCGAAAAUGGCACUCGAGAAUUGCGUGUCCAUUUAUUUUACAUGUCCCAUGGCAAUAGCACAUGAUUUAUGUCCUGCUGAAGUGUGGACAACUUACCGAGACGAAGGCGACCCGAGUGAGUAGGUCUGUAGGUUGUAGGAUAGUUAGGGAUAGAACCUCGGUUUGACCUCGACAUGAGGUUUACUUCUGGACCCAGACAUAUGUUGCUAACUCGUAACAUGUGGGCGUCACCGAUGUGUAUAUAAAGUCUUGACAGUUCGCCGCGUCAGAUCAAUUCGAAGGAUUGCAUUGUCUUAUUGUUUGUGCGUCUGGAGUGCGUCUACAGGCGCUUCUCCACUCCUGUCGAGCUAAGCUUUGUCUGUGCUUGUGAGAGUCCCUCCACGGAGGCAAGAGUGGCCGGAAGUCGCAACGAACCACAAGUCUGUCACUUGCUAUGGGGUGCGGAUGUAUCGCACACCGUGCAUGGCUUUCAGUGUCACACCAUUUCUCGAUAGUUGAGUUUAGUGUACUGUCAUCGUCCCAUUCGUGUACAUACUGUCGAGCAUUGUGAGAAAUUUCAUCUGUAAGGCCAAGUCCAAGUUCAUGUCGGAAAAGGCUGCCUGUGAGUAGUGAUACAUGACAUUUAUGUCCCUCUUCUCUCGCAGUCGUUUGAGUGUGU